AUGUCGGGAACAAACCGAGACAUCAAAAAUCACUUCCUUUUUGAGAUAGCUACGGAGGUUGCUAAUCGAGUUGGUGGUAUCUACUCCGUCAUUAAAUCAAAGGCACCCGUCACAACCGCAGAAUAUGGAGACCGAUACACUCUUAUCGGCCCUCUCAACAGGCAAUCUGCCGCAGUUGAAGUUGAAGCCUUGACCCCGACGAAUCCCCAUCUCGCUGCAACGAUAGAGGCUAUGGAAGAAAGAGGAAUUCAGAUGGUGUAUGGUCGUUGGUUGAUUGAGGGUGCCCCACGAGUUCUCUUGAUCGACACCAAAAGUGCCUACAGAUUUCUCGACGAAUGGAAGGCAGACCUGUGGAAUACUGCAGGAAUUCCAUCUCCGCCUGGUGACGAUGAAACCAACGAAGCAGUUGUUUUCGGUUACUUGGUUGCAUGGUUCUUGGGAGAGUUUGUCGCUCACGAGAAAGAAAAGGCCGUAAUCGCACAUUUCCAUGAAUGGCUCUCCGGUGUCGCACUCCCUCUAUGUAAGAAACGCCGUAUCGAUGUUACCACAAUUUUCACCACCCAUGCGACUUUAUUGGGAAGGUAUCUUUGCGCCGGUUCAGUCGAUUUCUACAAUAACUUACAAUGGUUUGAUGUGGAUGCCGAGGCAGGGAAGCGUGGUAUCUACCACAGAUAUUGCAUAGAACGUGCUUCUGCACAUUCUUGCGAUGUCUUUACCACAGUUUCGCAUAUCACCGCCUACGAAAGUGAGCAUUUAUUGAAGAGAAAACCAGAUGGUGUCCUUCCCAACGGUCUUAAUGUUACCAAAUUCUCCGCCAUGCACGAAUUCCAGAAUUUGCAUCAACAGGCAAAGGAGAAGAUCCACGACUUUGUUAGAGGUCAUUUCUAUGGACACAAUGACUUUGACCCAGAACACACACUCUAUUUCUUCACUGCGGGACGAUAUGAAUACAGGAAUAAGGGAUGUGACAUGUUCAUAGAGUCUUUGGCUCGUCUGAACCACCGUCUGAAGUCCUCCGGGUCGAAGAUGACUGUUGUGGCUUUCGUCAUUAUGCCUGCCAAAACUCAGUCAUUGACUGUUGAGGCUUUGAAGGGACAGGCUGUAAUCAAGUCAUUACGUGACACUGUUGAUGUCAUUGAACGUGGAGUUGGAAAGAGGAUUUUCGAGCGUGCUCUCAAAUGGCAUGAGGGUGAAGUAAUGCCUGAUGAGAAGGAUUUGAUCACAAGUCAAGACCGCAUUCUUCUCCGCAGACGAUUAUUUGCUAUGAAGAGACAUGGCCUUCCUCCUAUCGUUACUCACAACAUGGCAAGCGACGCCGAGGAUCCAAUUCUCAACCAGAUUCGAAGAGUCCAAUUGUUCAACCAUCCUUCGGAUCGGGUCAAGAUUGUCUUCCAUCCAGAGUUCUUGAACUCUGCCAACCCAGUCCUGCCAAUGGAUUACGAUGAGUUCGUGAGAGGUACACAUUUGGGUGUGUUCCCGUCAUACUAUGAGCCAUGGGGUUAUACACCAGCAGAGUGCACAGUCAUGGGUGUACCAAGUAUUACAACCAACUUGUCAGGUUUCGGUUGUUACAUGGAGGAACUGAUCGAAAACUCGACAGAUUACGGUAUCUACAUUGUCGACAGGAGAAUGAAGGGUGUCGAUGACUCGGUCAAUCAAUUGACCAACUUCAUGUUUGAUUUCGCCGGCAAGAGCAGACGUCAACGUAUCAACCAGAGAAAUCGCACCGAGCGAUUGAGUGAUCUUCUCGACUGGAAGAGAAUGGGAAUGGAGUACGUCAAGGCAAGACAAUUGGCGUUGAGAAGAGCAUACCCUGCUUCUUUUGACGGUGAAGAAGAGGAUGACUUCAUCCCAGGUGUCGAACAAAAGAUCUCUCGACCAUUCUCUGUACCCGGUUCUCCAAGAGACCGCAGUGGAAUGAUGACACCUGGCGAUUUCGCCAGUCUGCAAGAAGGACGUGAGGGACUCAGUACCGAGGAUUAUGUCGCCUGGAAACUUCCUGAAGAGGAAGACCCUGAUGAGUACCCAUUCCCACUCACCCUUCGAUCGAAGAGACCCAAUGGAUCCCAGAGCCCAUAUGGUGCACAAAGUCCAUCGGAAUAUGCGAUAACCAACGGGAAUGGGAUGAAAUGA